AUGAUCCUGAUUGCCGUCAGCCCUAUUGCUUACUACGAGGGCCCUCAAGCUCUUCUGAUGGUUAUUUCAUACUUGUCAGCUGUGACGUUGGUCAAGGUCUUUGUGAAAGAAACCAUCAAUCUCGGCUACCCGUAUCCAAAUACACUGACUGCGAUGCACAUGCUCGCCGUAUGCCUAGUGACCUUGAUCUUCGAACGGCCCAAGAUGGAUGAAGCCUUGAAGGUGUUGCCCAUCUCCGUCUUGAACGGCCUCUCCCUUCUCACCAACAACACGGCAUUCCUCUACGGAGGGGUGGCUUUUGUGUCGAUGAUCGCAGCCAAUGUCCCCUUCAUGACCUUUUCGCUGGAGCUUAUUAAAGGAAAGCGUUCUUUUAACUUUGCUUCAGCUUUCUCCGUGGGAAUGGUUUGCGGUGGCAGCAUUUGCUGCAUCCAGGGUGAGGUGAAUGCCUCCCUUGCAGCCUUCAUUUGGGCAACCAUCAGCGCCCUGCUACGGUCCGCACGCGGUGUGUGGCAGCAUGAGUUGGUCUCUUUGAGCCUCUCUCCCUUGCGCUUGGUCUUUUGGAACGGGUUUUGGUCUGGCUGCAUCACUUUGGUGACGAUGGUGGCCAGCGGCGAAUGCUUGGAAGGUUUGAUGAUCCUCCCAACCAUCGGUGCUGAAGUGCAGGUUGCGCUCUUGAAUUCCAUUUUGGCCGCCGUGUGUCUCAACAUCACGCAGUGGUAUGCCAUGAAGGCUUUGGGUGCUUUGAUGUCAAGCACCUUGGCGACAUGGCAGUACGUCGGAGUGCUCCUCUUGGCCACUGGUACUUUCACCAACAAGAUGCAGGGCUUUUGUCAACGUCAUGAUGAAGUCCAAGCUUUGCGUCUUGCAGCCGAGCAACGGAAGAAGGACCUGCAAGCUCUCUUGCAACAGGAUGAGGAAGAGCGGGGUGAGAGUUUUGGAACCUUGCAUGCCAGGCUUCAAUGCGCAGAAGCCUCCAAGGAAGCACUUGAGGUGCAACUGGCUUCCAUCACUUCUCAUGCAGAGAGGUUGGCCUUUGAACGAGAAGAUCUGCUUUGCAGGCUGAACGAAGACCGCGCCUUGCUGCCUGUCUUUGUGAAACCUAGCCGAAGGCCCUCCGAGCGCUCGCUGCGCCGCUUGCGUCAGACGACGGGAUUCACCUUCGUGGUGCUCCUGCUGCUGGCGAUCUGCGCUUAUGUGAAAGCCCUUCAUGUGAUCGAUCUCGGCCACUGGGCUGAUCCGCGGAGGGAGCGAGACACUUCGAGUGGAAGUGGCAAACCGGACCGCUUGUAG